AUGGCCCGUCGCGGUAUCCGGCGAUAUUGUUUGAAUGAUUCGGAGUUUGACGAGGUUUGUACAAUGCAUUGUGUGUUCGCUUUCCUAGUGAUCUGCGACCAAAAUAACCUUCGACCUGCGUAUCACCGCUUCCAUUCCAUUCACACGAACAAACGCGGAACUGCUGUUAACAUCGAACCACCACCUCUACACACCAUGUUGCCUUUGCCUCUUUGCAUUGGCACGUUGUUUUUUGCCUACCGUCUCUUCCAUGGUUAUGUGAAAGGAUACCGUCCACUACUCGACCCUCAUUCGCUUCCCGGAAAUGCGAUUCCAGCAAAUUGGUGGCACAUGGGUUUCAUGUGGCCAUGGAUUCAACGAAAACAUGCUCAUUUCAACCAUACCUAUGAUCUCACUACCAUCAUACCCAUCUUGGCGGGUAAUAGCAUGUAUAUUGCGGCAUCAGUGGGUAUGGCUAGGCAGAUAUGGGGCAAUGAGGGCAAGACCCAUCUCGUCAAACCCAGCGAUUUUACCACGGAGGCAGUCUGGGGCAGUAGCAUUGCUUUGGCCAACGGUGAGGACUGGAAACGACAUCGUCGUGUGGUUGCUCCCGCCAUCUCAUCCAAUAUGCUCUCGCGUGUUGUGGAUGAGUCUGCUUUAGUCUAUCAGAAAAUGUGUAAAGACCUGACACCGAACGGAGUUGUCACAGAUUUACAUUCCUUAUUGUUGAGGUUCACCCUCGUUAUGAUCUGUCGCUGUGGGUUUGGAAUGUCUGUUGAUUGGAAGCCGAGCACAGCGAACGAUGAAGUAGCAAUUUUCGACCGUGCUCUCUCAAUUGCUUCCACGACCCUUAUUCAUCGUCUUAUCUUUCCGAACUGGGUCUGGCGGCUGCCUGUACAACGGCUCAGAGAAAUUGACGAGUCUUGGACGACAGUGCUCACGCUGAUAGCAUCCCUCGCCGCAGGAAGGCAGGUUCAGUAUUCGACGCUCAAGGAGCUCGGAGACAGCGAAAUCACAGAUCUCUUCACGAAGCUAGUGUCGUCCACCGAGGAAGCUUCGCGGUACACACUGACGCCGGCCGAAGUGACGGGGGACAUGAUGUCGCUUCUCUUUGCGGGCAAUGAAACCACAAGCAGCGUGUUGAUGUCGACCUUGGUGUUUCUGGGUCUUCACCCAGACCAGCAACAGACUGCAUACGAAGAAAUCUUGAGAGAAGUUCCCUCGAGAGAAGAAAUAACCUUGCGGAAUGUUUCUGGCCUCAAAUAUCUGCUUGCUUGUAUGCACGAAGCCCAUCGCCUUGUUCCCGCGACAAUCAAUCUGCCUCGCGAUGUACCCGAAGAUAUCGUUUUGCGCACCAUGCUUCCAACCGAACAAGAUAUCAUCAUUCGCAAAGGCUCCCGCGUCAUGAUUGAUAUCAUGGCAGUCUGUCAUAACCCACACGACUUCCCCGCACCAGAAUCAUUCAACCCUGCGCGCUGGCUCUCCCCCGACUUGAAGGAAGAUGUCAUUAUGUUUGGAGCGGGCCCGCGCUCAUGCGUGGGACGUCGUUUUGCUCAGACCGAGGCAGUGACAUUUCUCGCCCACUUUCUUCGAGACUGGCAAGUUGAAACAGUCUUGCACGCGGGGGAGACGCAGCAAACUGCUCUGGAUCGUAUUCUAAGCGGCGCGAGCAUGUUUGGUACCGCGUUCGGGGUGGGAGAAGUCCCAGUCAAAAUCACGAAACGGGACUGA